GAAGGAAGAAAGAGGAGGGCCAAAAUAAGAGCAAACAUCCUGGAAAUCGCCCUUCCUGCCCCAUAAAGAGCCACCCACAGGUCAACCCACGUGGCAGCCAGGAGGGAGGCAAUCCAGACUGCCCAGCAAAUGAGGCGUGGAGGCCGCCUCGGGUUUUUCUGCAUCCAGCGCAGAAGAAGACAGUUUUAGUCCUCCACUUCAGUGAAACCUGGUUGUGUCAAUAUGUGUUGAGGUGACAGUAACCUGUGUUUCUGCCAAGCCUGGCUGCCAUAAAGCCAUGAAAUAUCUGAUUCAUCUGGGCAUGAUAGUUGAUUUGGAGCACUCCCUGCAGUGGCUUGUCUUUGUCAUGGCAGAACCAUCCAAUGUGAAAGGCGGAGCAUUUCUGCCCCAAAUCAGGACCAGCAUGAGAAGUGAUGGGUAUGUGCAAGAACUUUUUCUUGAAGAAGCCAAACAGGGUUAUCAGACGCCUAACAAACCUUGGUGGAAAAUACAACUUUUUGUUUGGGAACCAGUGCUUUUUGGAACAUGGGAUGGAGUCUUUACUUCCUGUAUGAUUAACAUCUUUGGAGUAGUUCUCUUUCUACGGACAGGCUGGCUGGUUGGGAACACUGGAAUUCUAAUGGGCAUGUUUUUGGUGUCCUUUGUCAUCAUGGUGGCCUUAGUAACCGUCUUGUCUGGCAUUGGGGUUUGUGAACGAUGUAGCAUUGGAAAUGGAGGAGUCUAUUCAAUGAUUUCUACUGUUCUUGGAGGUCAGGUUGGAGGGACCUUUGGCCUACUUUAUGUUUUUGGUCAGUGUGUUGCAGGUGCUAUGUAUAUUACUGGAUUUGCUGAAUCCAUCUCUGGCCUCCUGAAUUUCACUAACAUUUGGGCAAUCAGAGGCAUCUCCCUUGUAGUUCUGCUGGCCUUGCUUGGAAUUAACCUGGCUGGGGUGAAAUGGAUAAUACGACUUCAGCUGCUACUUCUCUUUCUACUGGCUGUUUCCACACUGGAUUUUGUCAUUGGCUCUUUCACACACCUCAGUCCAGAAAAUGGCUUCAUUGGCUAUUCAGAGGAGCUUCUAUUGAACAACACGUUGCCAGACUACAACUCAGGGGAAUCUUUCUUCACUGUGUUUGGUGUCUUCUUCCCAGCUGCCACAGGAGUGAUGGCUGGGUUUAAUAUGAGUGGAGAUCUCAGGAAACCCGCAACGAAUAUCCCUCUAGGAUCUUUAUCUGCCAUUGGCAUUUCGUGGUUUUUAUACAUUGUUUUUGUUUUUUUACUGGGAGCUAUUUGUACCCGAGACUCACUCCGCUAUAAUUUUAUGAUAGCAGAAAAGGUAUCCUUGGUGGGCUUCUUAUUCUUACUUGGUUUGUACAUUUCAUCCUUAGCAUCUUGCAUGGCAGGUCUCUAUGGAGCACCCCGAAUCCUUCAGUGCAUUGCUCAAGAGAAAGUGAUACCUAUUCUUGCAUUUCUUGGACAUGGGAAAGGACCAAACAAAACUCCAGUGGCUGCAAUCUGCUUAACAAGCCUCAUUACCAUGGCUUUCGUUUUCAUUGGUCAAGUGAAUGUUCUUGCUCCAAUAGUUACGAUCAACUUCAUGCUUACAUAUAUUGCUGUGGAUUAUUCCUAUUUCUCAGUCUCCAUGAGCUACAAUCUUAAGCAGAACUCCAAAAGGAUGCAGCAAGAGGAUGCCAGGGCUGUGCUAAGUUGCUCUCGACCUUUAAUGCUCAGCAAAUCGACUUGUUAUGGAUCAAAUGGAAGAGAUCAGUGCAGGUCAGAUGGAACUUUGCUGGAAUUCACAAAAGAUAUGAACCAUCUUUUUAAGCCUGUCAGUCAAGAUCCAGGAACUGAUCUUGAACUAAAAGAAAACAAUGUGGAUGCCGCUCAAGUGAUCAAGCAGAGAAAGCAAAAGAAGGCAGCCAAGCAAACAUUAGAAGACAGCUUUUGUUUGGCUCUUGAGAACAACAUUGCUCAUAUUCAGGAGCCUUGCAAUGAUUCCCUAAGAUCCAGUGUCAAAAAUGUGCAGCAUUUUUCACAGCCAAAUUGCCAAGACGUGGAUGGAAAUGAUGCAUCUCCAUCUGUUAUUAGAAAAAACAAUCUGAAGGAAGAAGAUGGAGACCAACAUUUGGAUGAAAUGCGAAAAGCCUCCAGUCCACAGAUGGAGGAUUUAAAUCUAAAACAACAAAGCCAAGAAUUAGAAAUUCAGAAAAUACCAGUUUCUUUCUAUUCCAAGCUUUGUGAUCAUCGGGUUUCCUUUUUUGGUGCAAUAGUUUCAUUAGUCAUUAUGUUCGUUAUUCAGUGGAUUUAUACUCUCGUUAAUUUGGGACUAGCAAUUAUUUUGUAUUUCUACAUUGGCAAAGCGAGUCCAGGACUACCGCCUGGUGUGGCAGCUAAUUUCAGCCUUUUCAAGUGGAUUAAACUCCUUUUGCUUAAUGUCUGCAGGGGAAGGCCAUCCCCGGAGGAGCGAUUUGUUGUGACACCGACCUUUGCAACAGUUGGCAUGGAGACCACUCAACUCACUGAAGAGAAUACAGAUUUUGCUUCCCGAGAUCGUUACCAUCAUUCCUCUGUUAUCACCCGAGAAGAGUUGGUCCAUCAGUUCCAAUGAGCGAGCUAUGUGCCAUUCACUUUACCAGCCAAUUAAAGACUGAUUACAAACUGAUCUUUUCACAACUGAUUUUAAUGAAUGCUGAAACUUCUAAUUAAGGGGAGUAUGGGGGGGAAAGCAGCAGCAGGCAAGUUCAAACCCUGCUUUAAAAAAAGAGGAUUUGGGUUUUCAUUCCAGGGCAUCGGAUAUGUUUGUGCAAUAACUAUCGAUCUAACAUAGAACAUGGUUUUGCAACACUUACCUGUAUUUGCUAGAGAACAUAGGACACCCCAAAUUCUAUUCCACAGGCAGGUCCUUCUGAAAUCUAGAAUUGCCCCAGGCUUCUCCAAAGUGGUUGGUAUUGACCCCCUAAUGAUCAAUGGGACUAUCCAUUGGUUUUGUUGUUAACAUUACUAUUUGUAGAACUGUUACCGUAUAUACUCGAAUAUAAGCCGAUCCGAGUAUAAGCCGAGGUCCCCAAUUUUACCCCAAAAACUGGGGUAAACUGGGGACUCGAGUAUAAGCCGAGGGUGGGAAAUGAGGCACCUACCGGUUGGGGAACCCCUCCCUCCCUCAGCUGAGAAGGCUGGCGGCUCCCCCGCCCCGCCCUCUCACUGCACCGGCAGGGCUUCCCCGCGCCGUCCGGUAAAAUGUGAAAAAAAAAAAAAAACUCGAGUAUAAGCCGUAUAUACUCGAGUAUAAGCCGAGGGGCUUAAAAAAAAAAAACUCGAGUAUAAGCCGUAUAGACCCGAGUAUAAGCCGAGGGGACGUUUUUCAGCACAAAAAACGUGCUGAAAAACUCGGCUUAUACUCGAGUAUAUACGGUAAUUAAAUUAAUGUUUGUUAAAUUAUUUUCAUAUAAUAAAUAUUUGGGGGAUGAGGAACAAUCUGAAACUUAAUGAAGAGGUCAAUGAACGGAAGAGUUUAGGGACCUUCUGAGUUACAGGAUAUAAGGAGAGAAAGAUGCUAUGAGCAAUCAAUGCAAGUGUUUACUAUGGAUGGAACAGAUAAGUUUUCUAAUACUUUCUCUGGAAUUGGAUCAAACUUUUCUGAACCUUGCAGUUGUCCUGAACAAUACUUUAAACUCAUACUGACUCUUCCUUAUUUUUAUAUUUCAAGUUAGGCACAAACAAUUAACUGUGACAUACAACUUAAAUUGCACUUUAGUCUUCAGACUUCCAUACCUUCUAGGUCUUGCCCAGGAUGCCGUAGAGGUAGCCACGACCACAAUUAAGCCCAAUUGCGGGAAGCGAAACGUCUUCUUCCUCAAGGAAAAGAAAAUCCAAUCCAGUUGCCUUUUGAAAAAGCAUAUUUGAGUCAAGAAUUCAUGUGCUUGGUAAAGCGACUUGGAAUCUGGUGCCAGUAAAGUAACAUUGCCAGAUUGGAUUUCUAAGUAAUUAGAAACACUAUGGAAACAUGUUUUGUUCUGUAGUAAGAGUCCUCAAGGUUAAUAAAUUGUCAUAUUUACACAAAGAUUAAAAACUACUUAUUUUUCUUUCGCUUACAAUUUGAGAGGCUGUAAUAAAGUCAAUAAUUCUAAUGUUAAGUAUAAUAUAUCUAAAAGUUUUACGUACCAGGUUUUCAAAAAUCAUCAUUAUCUAUUUCCCCUUUUUGUUUUUGCUGUCUCAAUCUCUUUCCAUUAUUUUCCUCCUUUAUUUUAUUUGAUGAACAAUAAGUGUUGUUGCUAAAACGAAUAGUAAAUGGCACUUCUUCUUUGACUGCAGUGCAGCCUAAGAGAACUAUGAUUUAGUUUUAUAUUCUAUGAAGAAAAAGAUGUCCUGCUAACCCUUUUCAAAUUUUUAAUGUAAGUGAAAUAAAUCCACUUUCACUUUAUGCUGGAAAAAAACAAAUCCUUGCCAAUUUUUUUUUAAAAAGGCUGCAAAUAUUUCUACAAUUUGUUCUGGAGUUAAAGUUUGGGUUCUAAUUUCUUAAAUUUCAUUUUCCGAAUGUUAGAUUUCAUUUAUUGAAUUAAUUUCUUAAGAUUUUAAAAAAUAUCUUAUUAACUAAAUUAAUAAUUGGGUUAAUCCAUUAUAUGUGAGGACUUCAGAUCAGAAUGUGUCUAUCGCAGAAAAAUGUGGGCUACUGAUUGUAAUGGGGCCUAUUAAAUCAAUGAAAAAUCAGGAAAAAAAUAGCUUAUAACAUUCCUGUUUUUUGUUGUUUACAUACUAAUGCUUAAAGUGUGAAGCAAACAAGCUGAACUUCUCAGCAAUAAAAAUUAAUGUGGAAUGGAAGUGGAAUCCAUUACUUUCAGAAGUAUAUUUCACUUCUAUAGAUGUGAUCAAGCAGAGGCUUGAUAGCCCAUUGUGAGGAAUGCUUUAAUUUAGAUUUGUACAACAAACAGAGGGUUAAGCUUGAUAGUCUAGCUAGCUCCUUCGAACUGCUUGGUUUGAUGAUCUCUUAUUCCAUAUUUAGAUAAAUGGAUAAUUGUAUAAUUAAAAGCAUUUGAUGCUUGUUAAUCACCAAAACUAGGUUAUGUAUGUUUCUGUGACCAAGAAAGAAGAAAUAUGUGAUUCUGAUUUACAUUUAAGGUUUCUCAAAAUGGCAAGAUAAUUAUGUCUGGGGUGGGUUUUUUUGUGUGUGUGAGAGAUAGAAUGAAAGAAUGAGAGAGUGUUAAAAUAUUUUUUCCUUCAUUUUCGAUCCUAAAGAAAGUUAAUGCUGCUUUUUCACAGUACGUGAGGCACAGAAAUAAAAUGUUUAUGACAGAGGGAAGGAAUGCAAUACCAAAACCUUAUGUCGGAAUUACCCAGCUAAUUCAAGCGUGAUGACUACACGCUUUAGAAUAUUACAUUUAAGGCAUUCAGGUUAUCCUACUUGUGCAAAGAACUGAAAGAAAUGAGAGCAUCAAAUAUGGGACAAGAUAUAAAAAGGAAAGAAAAAAAUGCAGAAAAGUCAAAGCACUUUUUCAUUGCUGGCUCCUUCAUUUCCUUCCAUUGAAAAUGUGAUUGUUUGUGUCAGAUUCUUAAGAACUUAAGAACAGUCAAUUUCAUUCAAUAACUGGGAUCUUGGCUUUGACAGCUACAUAAUCUAUAAUACAUAGCCAAGAUCAUGGUGUGGUGAGCCUGGAACACAAUUUGAUUAAGGGCCUCAUCCAGUCUUAAAAGCCCUCAUAUCUCAGUACAGGUAGUCCUCGACUUACAACAGUUCAUUUAAUGACCAUUUGAAGUUAUAACAGCACUGAAAAAAGUGAUUUAUGACAAUUUUCCACACUUAUGACCAUGGCAGCAUCCCCAUGGUCACGUGAUUUACAUUUGGAUGAUUGGCAUCUGGGAUGUCCCGGGGUCACGUAAUCAUCUUUUGCAAUGUUCUGACAAGCAGUCAGUUGAGAAUCCAGAUUCAUUUAACAACUGUGUUACUAAUUUUAACAACUGCAGUGAUUCACUUAACAAGUAUGGCAAGAAAAGUUGUAAAAUGGGACAAAAUUCACUUAACAAAUUUCUCACUUAGCAACAUAAGUGAGACUCAGUUGAGGACUACUACCUGUAUAUCUCACUUUAUAAGUCCACCAUAAUGAUCAAAUUGGAAGGGAAAUAAAAUUCUGGAGGUAAAAGCAGAGGGAUAGAAAUGGUGUAAGCCAACAGCAACAAAACAACACAAUUGUUACUGUUAAUGUGGAAUUGUAUUAAAUUCAUGCAGAAAUUACAACUGCAUAAAGAAUCACAGAUAAUUCUUAUACUGCAAAUGUUGAUAGUUUAUACAGAUGUAAUGAAUAAA